AUGGCCUCCAUCUCCCAGCUUGCCUGCAUCUCCUCGGACCUCAUUCUGCACAACGAUGAGGUGACCGUCAAGGAGGAUAAGAUCAAUACCCUCAUUAAAGCAGGCGGUGUAAAUGUUGAACGUUUUUGGCCUAGCUUGUUUGCAAAGGCCCUGGCCAACGUCAACAUUGGGAGCCUCAUCUGCAAUGUAGGAGCUGGUGGACCUGCUCUAGUAGCUGGUGCUGCUCCAGCUGAGGAAGAAAGUGGAAGCAAAGAAAGAAGAAUCCGAGGAUCUGAUGAUGACAUGGGCUUUGGGUUUUUGACUAAACCUCUUUCAUAA